AUGCCAGGAAUCAAGCACUUUAUGAUCACUGACCGGCUUAGAAACAUAUCCAACUAUGACCAAACCUCUCCUACGGGAGAUAAAGAGAACAAUUAUUGGGAGUCGUCACUGGAUGCGGCACGAAAAGCCAACUCCAGAGAGCAUGCGAUGACUGCUUCUGAAGCCUUGAAACUAUUUCCUUGGGCAAUCAUUUGGUCACUGGUUCCAUCCAUGGCAAUCGUUAUGGAGGGAUACGACAGUGCUCUUAUCAACAAUUUUUUCGCCUAUCCCCCUUUCCAGGUUCAGUUUGGCCAAUAUUAUGCUGGCAAGGGGUAUCAAGUCAGCGGCCCUUGGCAGUCCGCUCUCGGAGCCGGUGGUGAUAUAGGUGCCCUUUUUGGUGCGUGGAUGAAUGGGUAUUUGAUCAAUUAUUGGGGAUUCAAGAAGGUCUUUAUUUUUGGUCAAAUAUUGAUGUGUGCCUUUAUUUUCGUCUCUUUCUUUGGUGAUUCGGUUGGUCUUCAGGUGGCUGGUCAGAUAUUAUGUGGAAUUCCUUGGGGAAUAUUUGCUACUCUUGGUCCUGCAUAUUCGUCAGAGCUUUGUCCUAUGGCACUCCGUCCUUACUUGACUGGAGCAGUUAACCUAUUCUUCGUUAUUGGACAAUUCAUCGUUGCAGGAGUGUUACAAGGUCUUAUGAAUUUAGGGGAUCAGUGGUCAUAUCGAAUUCCAUUCGCAAUACAGUGGGUAUGGCCAGUGCCUCUUUUGCUUCUAGGUUGCUUCAUGCCUGAAUCCCCUUGGUGGCAUGUUCGAAGAGGCCAGUACAGCGAGGCAGUGCAUAUCGUGAAUCGUCUUCAGUCAAAGCCAGAUCCGGAAAUGGCCCAGCAAUCGAUCGCUAUGAUGAUACAUACAAACAAUAUGGAAAAAACCACCGAGCAAGGUUCUUCUUAUAUGGACUGCUUCAAAGGGCCAAAUUGUCGUCGUACAGAAAUUGCCUGCAUGGCCUUAGCGGGCCAGGUUCUAGCGGGCCUCCCUUUCGCAUACUCGCCAACCUACUUUUUUGAACAGGCUGGCCUAAGUGCUUCUAAUUCAUAUAAGCUAGGACUAGCUGGUGCAGCCCUUGCCUUCAUAGGCACGUCUCUCUCUGCUCUUGCCAUGUGUUAUUUCGGUCGUCGCAAUAUGUACGUGGGAGGCAUGGGCCUUUUGAGUGCCUGUCUUCUUAUUAUUGGGUGCAUAACCCCUGCCGCAACACGAAGCAAGGCAGUCUUAUGGGCACAGCCAGUUCUAUGUCUGGUGUGGGUUUUCGUCUAUGCGAUGACCAUCGGCCCAAUCGCCUGGGUAAUUCCACCAGAAGUAUCAUCCACCCGUUUGCGCUCUAAGACAGUUGUUUUAGCCCGCAAUACAUACUAUAUUGUGAUCGUGGCUGCCGAGGUGAUUGAACCAUAUAUGCUCAAUCCGACAUCAUGGAACUGGCGUGGGUUCACUGGCCUCUUCUGGUUUGGAAUGGCCUUCUUAACUUUCAUCUGGAGUUAUUUUAGACUCCCUGAAACUAAGGGCCGUACGUUCGAGGAAUUGGACCUCAUGUUUGCCGCUCGCAUUGCAACUAAAGAAUUCACACACUAUAAAGUCGAUGCUUAUUCAGAAUACAACCCUAGGUCGAAUUGUGACAGUCAUGACGAGGAUGAUACGCAAAAAAGUCUUGGAGUUAGAAACUGA